AGGCUGCACACACCCCCUCCUUCCUAACCUUGCCAUGCCGUGCCUAAUCCCCAUCUAUUCCCAUUUCCCUACCGGCCGACGUGCCAGAAAGGCUGCGGAUGCCAGUUUUACAAGCUUUGUGACCAUGUUCUUGCACUGAGAGGUGGAGCCACAGAAUCGUAGGAACAGCCCAUCCAUGGCCCACUCCACCCCUCACUGACUGGAUGUUCUGGAAUCAAGUGGACCAGAGACAUUUUAGAUGACACCUGCCAUGGAGAACAACCAUUCCAAGCCUGUCACCCCAGUACCCAGUCCCGCGCACAGUCCUGCACCCAGUCCUGCACCGAGUCGAGUGCCCAGUCCGCUGCUGGAACGGAUACCUUUGCCAGCAGGGAACCAUGUUGAGCACUUGAACGUCAACCAGAUCCAGGUGGUGGUACGUCGCUGUUCCAGUCCAAACGUCACCGAGGAAACAACCUAUUUCCUUCCCCGCAACCCCGUGGUGGACGCCGGCACCAACACAGAACCGCCACUUGUCUGCUGCCCCUUGCUUCACAGGUUUUGCCCGUGUCCUCCGAGAGGCCUUGUGGCCUCUGUCUUUACGAAAGUCCUUUUGGCCGCUGUGCUCUUUGGAGUGGUGUGGUCCGUCACAGAGGACGAGUGUCUUCCCGGGGGUAACCUGUUUGGCAUUACGGUGCUUUUCAUCUGUGCAGUCAUCGGUGGCAAACUGGUGUCUCUCAUCCACUUGCCCAGGCUUCCACCAUUGCCUCCCCUUCUUGGUAUGCUGCUGAUGGGCUUCAUGCUGAGAAAUAUCCCCGUAAUAACAGACGGCGUGUACAUUAACUUCAGGUGGUCGGCCUCCCUCAGGAACAUCGCCCUGGCGGUCAUCCUGGCCAGAGCUGGUCUGGGUUUGGAUCCCUCGGCUUUGAAGAAACUCAAGUCAGUGUGUCUGCGUGUGGCCAUGGGGCCCUGCAUCAUCGAGGCCUGCACCAUAGCUCUGGUCUCUCACUUCCUGAUGGGUUUGCCCUGGGUGUGGGGCUUCAUCCUCGGCUUCGUUCUCGGCGCCGUGUCUCCAGCUGUGGUGGUCCCCUCCAUGCUGCUGCUGCAGAAGGACGGUUACGGCGUGGAGCAAGGCAUCCCCACUCUGCUCAUGGCAGCAGGCAGCUUCGAUGACAUUCUCGCCAUCACCGGGUUCACCACAUGCUUGGGCAUGGCCUUUGCCUCAGGGUCCACUUGGUACAACCUCUUGAGGGGCGUGCUGGAGGUGGGCGGUGGUCUCCUUGCUGGGAUCCUGCUCGGCUUCCUCAUUCAGUACUUUCCCAGCCUCGACCAGAAACACUUAGUGAUGAAGCGAUCCUUCCUGGUGCUCGGCCUGUCCGUCUUUGCUGUGUUUGGCAGCGGUGUGGCAGGCUUUCCCGGCUCUGGAGGCCUCUGCACACUCGUACUGGCAUUCCUUGCUGGUCUCGGAUGGGGUGCAGAAAAGGCGCGUGUGGAGGAAGUGGUGGGCUGGGCGUGGGAUGUGUUUCAGCCCCUUCUCUUCGGCCUCAUUGGAGCAGAGAUACGAGUGUCAGAGUUGGAAGGACAAGUAGUUGGUUUGGGUAUAGCCUCUCUGCUCAUUGCCCUGCUGGUUCGACUCCUCUUCACCUACGUUUGCGUGCUGUUUGCCGGCUUUAACGUACGAGAGAAGGUGUUUAUUGCGCUAGCAUGGAUGCCCAAAGCCACAGUGCAGGCUGCUAUCGGCUCCACAGCUCUGGACACGGCCCGGACGAAGCAGGACCCGGAGCUGCAGAAGUACGGCAUGGACGUGCUGACCGUGGCUGUGCUUGCCAUCCUCCUCACAGCGCCUGUGGGAGCUCUUAUCAUAGGCCUGUGUGGACCUUGUCUGCUGCAAAAACCAAAGAACUCCGCCUGUGGUGAGCGAGUCAAACCGAAUGUAUCCGCCUUUUUCUUAGGCACUGCGGCCGGCGGCGAUGAGGACGACGAAACACCGGUGACCUAUGAAAGCACACUCUGACAUCAGCGGCCUGUGUGAGGUUGCCACCGCCAUUAAAUCGGAAGGGGGUUUGUUUUUGCCAGCAAAACACUAGUCUAGGGCUACGUUCACACUGCAGGGUAGCAUGUCCGAUUCGGAUUCUUUUCUCAAAGCCCAUCUUUUUAUGUAAUCCUUGGCAAUACAAAAAUAAAAUAAAAAGCGAGGUCUAAUGUGAACGCAAUCUGACCUGCAUGGAGCUAAACAAGACUUCAAUUCUAGAACUCCUGGCAAUUUCAAUGAUUUUGUGCAAUCAAAGUCAACAUUUUAUGAACCAAAAUACGGUAAAUUCUGGACUAUAAGCCGAUAAUUUUUCUCUUACACUUUGAACCCUGCGGCCUAUAAAUCGGUGCGGCUAAUUUAUGGAUUUUUCUUCUCUGAUGGCCAUAAUGUAAACAGUUUUCAUAAAACAAAGACACUGAACAGGUGUGUUAUUGUUUGUGCUAUGGCGCCAUCUUUUGGGUGAGUUCGCUCACUGCAGGUGCUGCUGGGUGCUCCAGUGUUUUCUUCUGUUUAAUGCUUUGAACCGGGAGUAUAAGUGGCGUUCCCUCUUCCAAUCGUCCAUAGCGUUUCUGCUCGAAAGGAUUCUUCAUUCGUCACUCCAUUGAUUGAUUGAUUAAAACUUUUAUUAGUAGAUUGCACAGUACAGUACAUAUUCCAUACAAUUGACCACUAAAUGGUAACACCCGAAUAAGUUUUUCAACUUGUUUAAAAUCAGAGUCCACGUAAAUCAAUCAAUCCAAGCAACGUUUGUAAGUUUUACAAUAUAACUAAAACAUUUCUGACUUACUAACCCGUCCCAUGUGUGAUGUCUGUAGGAGUGUUUUCAUGCAUAUUUGUACGCGCUAUCGUAAUGUAAUGAAGCUAGCGUCGUUAGCAUGAGCUAAUAUGCUCACACAUUAACCAGUGUCUGUGUUAGUAUUAUUAACUUAUAUGGCAUUGUUUUUGUAUUGUUUCAGUUUGACAAAUUCCUCAGUAAACUCACCAAAACGUCACCGUGUAGUUAUCGAGUCUGUUUAGCUGAUUGGAUAGCUAGCUUCCGCAGCUAGUGGGUCCAUGACCAUGACUUCUGUUUUGUUUGAUCGUCCGUUUUACUGCCAUGCUACAGGCACCAUUGGGAAACAAUUAAGGUAUGUAAAUAAACAUUUGCAAAAUA